AUGUAUAUCCGAAAAGACCACGCGGAAACUCGCAUUCCCGCCCUCAGAGACCUCAUCCGCUCAUACCCCCUCGGUGUGCUCACCACCGCCAUUCCCUCAUCAUCCCAGCCCCUAAUCCAAGCAACCCACGUCCCCUGGGUCCUCGAAGUCCAAGAUGAAGACAGCGAAACGGAACUCGGUGUCCUCCGCGGCCAUCUGGCUCGCCAGAACCCCCACAGCAAAACCAUGAUCGAGUCCGUCUCCUCCCACACCGGCGACAACGUCAACGUCCUCGAACAAGACGUCCUGGUUCUAUUCACCGCUGCACCAGCGCACUACGUCACGCCCAAGUUCUACACUGAAACCAAACCUGUGACCGGGAAAGUCGUCCCAACCUGGAACUACGCCGCCGUCCAGGCAUAUGGCAAAGCCAGGAUCUUCCACGACUCCAAGCUGGAAGAGACGUCGGAGUUCCUGGGCAGCCAGAUGACGGCGUUGACAAACCAUACCGAAAGAUCUAUCAUGGGCUACACGGGGAAGGGUGAUAAUCCCGAUCAGUGGAGGGUGACUGAUGCGCCAGAGCGGUACAUCGAGGUGAUGAAGAAGGCUGUCAUUGGGAUUGAGAUUACGAUUGAGAGGCUCGAGGGCAAGUUUAAGAUGAGUCAGGAGAUGAGCAAGGGUGAUCGGGAGGGAGUGGUGAAGGGGUUCGCGAGGCUAGAUUCGGAUGUUGCCAAGGCGGUUUCGGAGAUUGUGAAUGAGAGGAGUGAGAUGAAGGAGGGUGCGAAGCAGAAUUUGUGA